AUGGAUUGGUUGAUGAGGUACCAAGCCUACACCGAUUGUCCCAAUAGGACAAUCUGGUUUACGAACGAAUUCGGAGGGUUCGAGUUCCGAGGCCAAGGAGCACCGGCAGCGGACCCGAUCAUCUCGGCACUGAAAGCCGAGAAGAUGAUUAGAAAGGGCAACGAAGCAUUCCUGGUAGUCAUCACAGCUACACAGGAAUCGGAGCGGAGAUUGGAGGAUACACCCAUUGCCCGAGAGUUUCCAGAUGUGUUUCCCGAUGAUCCACCGGGAUUACCACUCACUCGGGAGGUUGACUUCAGCAUAGACGUGUUACCAGGUACCGAGCCUAUUUCCAAGGCUCCGUACCGGAUGACACCUACAGAGAUGGCCGAGCUGAAGAAACAGCUGAACGAGUUGAUGGAGCAGGGUUUCAUCCGCCCUAGCAUUUCGCCGUGGGGAGCACUGGAGAUUGGAUUUCUGGGACACGUGGUAUCGGCCCAGGCAUUCAGGUCGAUCCGACCAAGAUCGAGCCCGUCAUGGAGUGGCAGUCCUCGACUUCUGCAAUGGAAGUCAGGAGCUUCUUGGGACUAG